AUGUCUUCAAUUCUAAACAAUGUUGAGAAUAUUCUUCGUUCUGCAAGCCGUAUCAAGAAUUUGCUUCCAAAUGUCAGAAGUAACAAUCGUGGAAGAGAUGAAAAACCAUCUUAUAAAGAUGACUACGAGACCAGUCAAUCAAGCACUUCAACCUCAAGUAGCUCUUCAACCAUGACCAAGAGAAAGUUUGUUAAAACUACUGAACAUCUCUCAAAAGACCCAAUUGACUUCUCUGGAGAUUUUGAUUUUGUUGAAUGUUUGGGUGAUCGUGAAGAUUUCAAUCUUACCAUGCAACAACCACAGAAAAUUGCCUACGACAGACAAAAUAACCUCAUCUUUGUAGCUGAGAAUAGACACAUUAUUAGAAUUUUUGUGUUCAAUGCCACAACCUUGGAUUUCCUUUACAAUUUCGAAUUGAAAGAAUUGGACUUUGCAAUCGAUGCUUUGGAAGUCGAUCCAAAAGGUGAUGGUAUUAUUGUUCUUCAGAAAACCAAGCUUCACAAGAUAUCCAUCGAUGGAAGACAAAGAAAAUGGGCAGUAACAUUGGAUUCAGAUAUGAAAGAUUGCACCAUUGAUGAGAAUGGUAAAAUUUACUGUGCAAGAGAUUCUCUCUAUUCUGGAAUUCAACAACCUUCUGUAUGUGUAGUUGAUAGUUCAAAUGGUAAAGUUCUUGCCAAUGUUGGUCAAGAUAUGAGUGGCUAUUGUGUAGCUCAGAAAGUUAGUUGCAUCUGUUUGAAUAAGGAUGGUAAUAUUUGCCUUUCCAAUUCAUACACAAGUGAGUUGACCAUCUUGAAGCCAAAUGGAAAAGUUGUUGGUACUCAACAAUUGCCAAAGCUUGGUGCUAUUGAAUCAUUGAAGUUUGACAAGAAUAGUAAUUGUAUCUAUGCAGGUUAUAGAAAUAUGAACACUUGUGAAAGUAAUGCAAUUGUUAUUGUACAUCCAGAUGGAUCAGAAACAAUGUUUAAUGGUAACACUAUUCCAAAUCUUGGAAAGGCCAAAAAUCAACACAAAUUCCAAGGAACAUACAUGGACCUCACAAUCAACUCAACUACUGGACAAUUACUUCUUACCAAUAGAAUUCCAGAUAUUUCCUAUGAAACUGUUCUUGUUUUUAAAUAA